UCCUUGCAGCUCUCACUCGACCCACCUUUCUUCUCCGGCGUGCAAUGAUAAGCCCCGGGAAAGGCUGAAUGUUAAUUUUUGACAAGUAGGAAGGUCGCAGACAACGACAUUAGCAAGUCGUGACUCACAUCGGACUAAGAAGAUAAGGACGGACACAAUGGAGGUUCUGGUGCUGAUCAACUUCGAGGGCACCAUGGGGGACGAGAUUUCGGUGCGGAUGGGAGACGUGGUGAAAAAUGUUACAAAGGCCAGUGAGGAAGGUUGGCUGGAGGGCGAGGUCCGAGGGAAGCGAGGCAUCUUCCCGGCCAACUUUGUCAAGGAGGUGCCUGUUUAUUUGAUGGGGGACAGCAAGAGAGAACCAAGAAGCAUCCGAACAACCAAGAGGAGGAAACAAGUAAGGACAUGCGAGGUGGUGUUUGCCUACAGUCCCUUGAACAACGACGAGCUGCAGCUGGUCGUCGGGGAGACGGUGGAAAUCAUCAGCGAGAUUGAAGAUGGAUGGUGGAUGGGCAUCAAAAACGGCAGAGUGGGGGCGUUUCCGUGCAACUUUGUCAGAGAGAUCUUCGUCGCCCCUAAAGAUGGCAAACACAAUGACAGCAAAGCCAGACCGAAGCUAAGCGAUGCAGUCUUCAGCAAAGAGAUAUCCCAGAGAGCGACGGUUCGCAGCAAAGCAAAAACCGUGGUGGAGUGUUGUCAAGUUAUGUUCAACUACAAGGCCAAAGCAGAAGACGAGCUGGAUUUGAAGAUUGGGGAUGUGGUGGUGAUACUGAGAAAGGAAACCGAAGAUGACGGCUGGUGGGAGGGCGAGCUCAACGGACGCUGCGGAUUCUUCCCCGAUAACUUUGUCAUGGUGAUACCGCCCAUGGACAGUCUGAAGGGUGGCAACAACAGCCUACCACCUGCACGCAACAUCAUAAAGGAAGUGCCAGAAAAAACAGAGAGCCCAGCCAUGGACAAAACUGUGCCGACAAAAACAAAAGAUGAAAAACCCGAGCUGAAGGAUUUGCGAAGCAAUCCCCCCACCAAAGUCAAGCUUCCGAGUAUCAACAAACUCAGCCCGACUCAACUCAAAGACAAAGCCAACAAGGGUUUAUCCAAAGCCAACGGCGCCGAGUCCCAGCACUCGCCAAAAUCCCCCGAGGAUAAAAGCGGCGACCAUUUCGACGGGGCGGACCCGGACGGCGACAAGCUGAACCACCCCACAGCCAACCGGGCCAAGCCACCCCAGAGGAGACCGCCCACAGGCGCGGCCACCGGAGUGCAGACUGCAAACGACUCUGGACCAGAACUGACCAAGAAGGUCCAAAUUGAUAAACUGCCCGGCUUACAAAAGGGUUCAGAGCAUCUCAAGCCACCCCCAGCAAAGGUGGACUUCAGACCCAAGAGUCCGCCUCCGCUGCGCCCGGCACCUCCCCGCUUGCCUGCAGAAGUCCAAAGCGUUGCUCAACAGGACGAGGUGACGCUGGCGAGUUUGUGGACAGAAGUCAAGGAUCUGCGGAUGGCUCUGGAGCUUCUGCAGACGCGACACGAAAACGACAUGAAGGAAGUGAAGGAAGAACUGCAGGACGAGAGAAACAAACGACUGACACUGCAGGAAGAAGUACACACAUUGAGAAAGAAAAAAUAAGCACAAAGCACAAGAGGAUCACGCAGAAUGCCUGAUGGCUGCAAACAAGCUCACGAGGAAGGACUACUUUAUCCCUCUUGUUAUGUUGCGGGUCAAAUGGACCCGUAUGGAAAGGUGGACGAGGGUCAAGAAAUGAUACAUUUAUUCUGCUGGGCUUACUAUUUUAUAAUCUUACUUUUGUUGAAAAUCAUCGACAAGAAAAUAACCUGCACUGCACUGUGUUAUUAUUUUGGGGGGCUGAUUAGCUGUAUAUCGGGUCACAUUGAUCCAUGACGGUUGUCGGUAAGAAACACGACCGUUUUACACCAUUCACACAUAUUUAUCCUGGGUUUUAUUUGAAAACAUUUACUCGUUUAAUGUAAAAUGAUAUGUAUGCAGCUGUACAGAGGAGUAGAUGCAACAAUUGUGUUCCCUUUUGUUAUUCACGUAAUAUCCACGAGAGGGCGCCAUCGGGCUAUUAAACAUUCCCGUUUGUGUAACUGA